CGUCGAUUCUAUUAUUACUAAUUCAAAACCUACGCAAGUGUAUUUAAACACUCUUACUUCCUAGACCUAUUCAGUGCACUAGUCUCUUUCGCAAAACUAGUCAUUCUAAAUCUUAUAACUUUUGCUCUACUUUCUUUGUUCUUUUGUGUUAUUUCAUUAAAAUGCAGUCAAAAUAUACGUGUUAUGUGCCUAUUGAAUGGAAUAACUAUGGUGAAAAAUUUCUUAUCAACGAAGUAAGAAAUAAAGCAAUAAAUCAGUGGAGAGAACACCAACGGCUCGAGGGAACAACAGUACGGUUAGGAGACGUAACAGCGAUAUUAAGUCAUGCGGGGUACUAUGUAUGGAUGCGUAAAUCUUGUGACCGAAGAAAUUAUCCUAUUACGAAUGAAUACUUUGGAAUCACUUUGGAUUGCAUUCUCUGCUCACACUUAGUUGGGCAGAUGGAAGCCUACCCAACAAAGGCAGUAAGUUAUGUCUUAUGCACUAGCAUCAAUAACCACUGGAAUAAUUACAAAAAAGUGGAGGGCACUGUUGUGAAAAUUGGUGAUGUGGCAGCGAAAUCAAAGUACCGAAACUAACGCUUUCGGAUGCACAGGUAUGGAAACUAUGAUGCAAAUCAUAUCCCUGCGAAUAUUCUUUGACUUACUCAGAGCAUUGUGAGUGUCCACGUAAAUAAGUACAUUCUGUUACAUAACCUGCUGUUAAUGUCUUCGUUUCUAGGUCUUUUAUUAAGAAUUAUGCUUUCCGGCUAGAACGUUAAGGUCCAUUUUAAGAGUUGUUUUAUAUAAUUUUCUAUUGGUACUUUUUUCACAAUUUAAUGAUGGACUGUUAACUAUUAAUAAAUAAAUUAUUGUUUUGGAAGUUUUAUUCCUUAUUAUUACUAUAACUUCCCUAAAGCACCAGCUUGUUGAUUAUUGAGAACUUCCUGAAGUCACUAUAGCAAACAAAAUGAUGCGCAAAGUCAU